GUGAUUGCGGUUGCGUUGAUUCCUACUCGUCAUCCUCGUACAUUGUUGGUUCAGCUUCCGUGACUGAUUGCCAAAGCAACAGCAACGAAACUGUUGGAGUUGGUCAGAUAAGUAGCACAACUGCAUUAGUAGCGACAUCUGCUUCAGCGCAAACGGCGAUCACCAAAUCCGCAACGGUGGCAGCGGUGGCGGCGGCGACAGCGACCAACAGCCUCAAGACGGCACACACAAAAGUUGCUACGUCUGGGGGGCACGCCAAUACGCAGCCCCCCAGUAAGCGUUCGAGUAGCGGUGCCGACGGCGAUUACCAGCUGGUUCAACAUGAAGUUCUCUAUUCGCUCUCCGCUGAGUAUGAGGUCUUGGAAUUUCUCGGACGCGGCACUUUCGGCCAAGUGGUUAAGUGCUGGAAGCGUGGCACCUCAGAAAUUGUGGCUAUUAAGAUUUUAAAGAAUCAUCCGUCGUAUGCACGUCAAGGACAGAUUGAAGUGUCAAUUUUGUCGCGGCUCAGUCAGGAAAAUGCUGAUGAAUUCAAUUUUGUGCGAGCUUUCGAGUGUUUCCAACACAAAAACCACACAUGCUUGGUUUUUGAAAUGCUUGAACAGAAUCUCUAUGAUUUUCUCAAGCAGAACAAGUUUUCACCACUACCAUUGAAAUAUAUACGGCCGAUAUUGGAGCAGGUUUUAACGGCGUUGCUGAAAUUGAAGCAACUUGGUUUGAUUCAUGCGGACUUGAAGCCGGAAAAUAUUAUGUUGGUAGAUCCUGUAAGACAACCUUAUAGAGUGAAGGUGAUUGAUUUUGGGAGCGCAUCGCAUGUCAGCAAAACGGUUUGCAAUACUUACUUGCAAUCGCGCUACUAUCGUGCACCGGAAAUAAUUCUAGGUUUGCCAUUUUGUGAGGCAAUCGACAUGUGGUCACUGGGCUGUGUAGUGGCUGAACUGUUCCUGGGUUGGCCCUUAUAUCCGGGCUCAUCUGAGUUCGAUCAAAUAAGGUACAUAUCACAGACACAGGGUCUGCCCACGGAGCACAUGUUGAACAGUGCCUCGAAGACAUCGAAAUUUUUCUAUCGCGACGUCGAUUCGACCUAUCCCUUUUGGCGUUUGAAGACCACGGAAGAACACGAAGCGGAGACAAACACGAAAAGCAAGGAGGCACGCAAAUAUAUAUUUAAUUGUUUAGAUGACAUCGGCCAAGUAAAUGUACCUACUGACUUGGAAGGCGGCCAAUUGUUGGCCGAAAAGACCGAUCGUCGAGAGUUCAUUGACCUGCUUAAGCGUAUGCUGACUAUUGAUCAGGAGCGUCGUCUUACACCUGCUGAGGCAUUGAACCAUUCCUUUGUACGCCUCACCCACCUAGUUGAUUAUGUUUAUUGUAACAAUGUAAAAGCGUCAGUACAGAUGAUGGAAGUAUGCCGACGUGGCGAUUUCCAUACCGUACAACCAGCCUCUACGUUGGUAACCAAUUUUGUACCAAGCACUACUGAGAAUAUGACGUUUACCAUCAACAAUCAGCUGACCAGUCAAGUGCAACGUCUAGUGCGUGAGCGUCCACUGGCUUACGAGGGCCUCUACCAAAUCUAUGGCGGCCGCAAUGUUGGACGUCAGUACACCCAAGGGCGUGCUGAUGCGUUCCAACAUCAGCUGAAUAUUUUGUGUCCGCCAUCUUACCAAACCAUGCCCAGUCCCACUAAGCAUGUUGUUGUGGGUAGCGCUACAAUGCAACCACCACUGCAAGUUCCUCCACAGCAAUAUGUGAAUGUGCCUGUGCCAGUAUCGAUGGUGGAACCGGCUUCCGGCCAACGUAUGCUACUGACCAAUCGUGUGCAAGCAAGCGGUGUGGCCUGGCCACAGACUGGGCGACAGAUGGCAUUGGUACCAUCGUGGCAACAGGCCCCAGCACAUUCGUUGAUUGUCGAUUCAGCACCAUUUUUGAAUGUUGAGGAGAUUUAUCCCAAACACCAUUUGAAUAUACCAAGAAAUGAUCUCAAGAAAGAGUCUCCAGUACAGCAUUUAGUGACUAAGAGCAACUCGUAUCGUGUGCCGCGUCACGACAAAAAGGAAAAUAAUCAGCUGUCACCUGUUAAGAAGCGUGUAAAGGAGAGUUCACCUCCGCAUCAGCAGCGCUAUAAUCGCGCUUCGCACGUUUCGCCGCAGUAUCAUAGUCAUCACAAUUGCAACUAUGGUAGCAGCUACAACAGCAAUGCUGGACCUGUUAUUACAUCGGCUUCUUCAAGUAACAUUGUUAGCCAGAGUGGCAGUAACAGUGGGGGCCAUCACCAUCAUCAUAGUAGUAACUCAGCCAAUCAACAACAUGUUAUUAACAGCAGCAGCAGCAGCAGCGGUGGUGGAGGCUAUAACAAUAGCAAUCAUCACAUUAUCAAUAAUUGUAGCAGCAACAACAGUGUUGGUGGCAAUUAUCACCAACAAACUCAUCACGCUCCACAACAACAGCCGGCUCAACAAACGGUGCAGCAUUCGCAUCAGCAUCAUGGCGCUAUUGUAAAGCAGCAAACAAUUACUAUUCAUGACACGCCGUCCCCAUCGGCCGUCAUAACGAUUUCGGAUAGUGAGGAUGAGGGCAACGAGCCACCUGCUCCAGUACCCGUGGCACCGGUAAUGAAGCAACGCGCUCAUGCGCAGUCGCAAACCAAUCCAGCGUUGUUGCAACACUCUUCAUCGUCUUCGUCGUGCCGUGCCAAUGGCCAUCAACAUCAAACACAAUCGCAACAACAACAGCCACAACUACAACCGCAGCCGCAGCAUGUGCACCAUCACCACCAUCAGCCCCAGCCACAGCCGCAACCACAGCAGCAGCAACAACAGCCGCAGCACCAGCACCAGCACCAAGCUGCAAACAUCUAUGGUAAUGCAUCAACAUCCACUUCAACGUCUACUAGUAGCAUCACUAAUCAUUCCAAGGCAAAGUUGUCGCAUGAAUCACAGUCGCAUCCGAAUACGUACUCACAUUCAAAUCUAACCCAUAGCGCUGAUGUCAGCAUCAAAUGUUCAAGUAGUUCGAACAGUAGCAAUAGCCAUAGCCAUAGCAGUAGCAAUAACAAUAAUGCCAAUAAUAAUAUUAAUAGCAAUAGUCAAGGCGGUGGCGUACAUAAUAAUAACAACAACAAUAGUAAUAGUAACAGUAACAGUAAUCAAUAUGCCACCGCCGCCCGAAGUACAGCGUCAAAUGCUGUGCAGGGCGGAAGCGGAAGUGGAACUGGAUUUGGUGCAGGAGCCGGAGCAGAUAUUGCCGUUGGCGCGGCUGCGGUCGCCGCAUGCUCGGCACAGCAACAUGUGCCACACGCACACUCGCUUCCACAUUCGCACUCGCAUUCGCAUCAUCAUAAUUCUCACCAUAACCAUCAGACGCCGACACAGACACUCAUGCAGACGCAAUAUAUUGCUAGCAAUCACCAUCAUCAACAAAUACAGCCACAGCCACAGCAGCAGCAACAUGCGGCUAGCAAUUGCGGCAGCAUCUCUAACAAUUCCGCCUCCACUUCCGCAACCAACACCAAUUCCAAUUCUACUUCUACUUCCACCCACCACCAUUAUAGUAGCAACAAUAGCAGCAACAACCAUCACCAUCAUGUUCCUAGCAACAGUUCCUCCAUAUCCUCAAACACCAACAAUUCUUCAUCUCAUCCAUCAUCUACCCUAUCCACUACCAAUCCCUAUCCACCCGCAAUAUCUUCCUCUUCUUCCGCAACCACCAGCAUCGCUCAUCGUCACAGCAAACACGUUCAGUUAGUAAUCCCAUGCGUAACCGUAGGUGACAACGAGGCAGAGGAGGGACGUCGUCGUGGCAGUCAUGUACAUAGUGGUGGUAAUAGUCCUAGACAACAACAGCUGCACCACCACCAACAAUUACAAUCAUCAUCCUCUUCACACCAUCACCAUCAUCAACAACAACAACAACAGCAGCAGCACCAACAACAGCAGCAACCACCACAACAACAACAACCACCACAACAACAACAACCACACCACCACCACCACCACCACCAACACCACCAGCACCAGCAGCACCAACAUCAGCAACAAGUUUCACAGCCACAACCACAACAGCAACAAUAUCAGCAGCCUACCCAGCAGCAACAGCCGAACAUUAAAUACGAGCCGGGACAGUCGCAGAAAAAGCGUAUAUUGGCCAUGGCCCAGAAUGAGUGUUACAAUAAUGGUGCCAGCUGCAGCGGCAGCUUAGGCAACCAAACUGCUAGUUUGCCACAUUUGCCAACGAAGCAGGAACCAGCCGAAUUUUAUGAGUAUCCGCCGCAGCAGGCCACCACGGUCGUUGUUGACAACAAACGUUCUUCGUGGGCAGCCGCGGCUACACAAGCACCACCAGCACAUCACAAGCGUGAGGUCACCUCCACGGCCUCAUCUGCAUCGGUGUACGUGCAGCAUGCGCCAUCCUCAUCAGCAGCUGCACCUCCAUUGGCGCAUUCGAAGAGCUCUUCAUCGGCAGUUGGCGGUGCGGUGGUAGUAGGUGCAGUUUCAGGAGCUGCUGCAGGGCCACCUUCGUGGGGUGCACCACAAGUAUACCAUAGACAGCAACAAACUCAUACUGCUGUACAAGUGGUCGCACCAUCAGCCCAACAGCAAUCACAGCCACAACCGCCACAUCAUCAGCAUCAAGCGAAUACCCCAAUCGGAGGUUCGCCAUCCGCUGCUACAGCAGUGAUGCUGCAGCCGGAUAUUUAUGCGCAGGGUGACAUGUAUCGACGCCCAACAGUGUUUGUAUCGCAGGCGACUCCCACAUAUGCAUAUAAUCGUGCUGCAGUAGCACCGCCGCCAGCACAUAACAGUUCGAGUCGUCAGGUAAUACCAUCGCAUCCACUGCCUGCCCAUAUACAUUUUCCCACACAGUACAGCCAAUUUGGUCCUCUCAGCCCAGCACAAGUUGCCGCUAGCAAGCAUGCGCAUUAUGCUCCGACGAACAUAUGGUACGGUGGAGAGUAAACUGGUUUAAAACACUCGAAUCGUUUUUAUCUGAUUGCACUGGCAGCAACAGCAGAUUUAUGAAAACAAAAUGCAGCAAAAAUAAUUACAAUAAUAAUAAUAUUGUCAUAC